GAGGCCAGGCAGCCGGGUGCCCUCAGUGUGUCAGCAGACACGGCAUCUCCCCGACUCCUCCCGUGUGAGGGGAGAGCCGGCGCGGUGCAUGCUGGGUCGGGACAUCCCCCUUCCCGCGCUGUGUGAGCCGCAGAGUCUGCGCUGACGCCGCCAUGUUGCCAGCAGCCGCUACCGUCCGCCUCUAGCCGUGCCCCGCUCGUGUCCUCCCUUUCCCCUCCCUCCCCUGACAGUCCGGAGCCGCCAGGAGGAGGCCGCCGCCGAGUCACCGACUGCAGGGAGCGGCCACCCCAGCCCGAGCCAUGUCCACCAAGGACGGUAAACAAUCCACCACCGAGCGGGCGAUUAAAUCUGUCCCUUUUCCCCCAACAAAUCGAUUAACAUCAGAAGAAGUAUUUGACACUGAUGGCAAGCCUAGAGUGGAUGUUUUGAAGAACCACUUAAUAAAAGAAGGUCGGGUAGAUGAAGAAAUUGCACUUAGGAUCAUCAAUGAGGGUGCUGCUAUUUUACGACGAGAGAAGACUAUGAUAGAAGUUGAAGCACCCAUUACAGUUUGUGGUGAUAUUCAUGGCCAGUUCUUUGACCUGAUGAAGUUAUUUGAAGUGGGAGGAUCGCCAGCUAACACAAGAUACCUCUUUUUGGGGGACUAUGUAGACAGAGGUUAUUUUAGCAUAGAGUGUGUGUUAUAUUUAUGGGUUCUGAAGAUUCUCUACCCUAAUACACUCUUUCUUUUGAGAGGAAACCACGAAUGCAGGCACCUUACAGAGUAUUUCACAUUUAAGCAAGAAUGUAAAAUAAAAUAUUCAGAGAGGGUGUAUGAAGCCUGUAUGGAAGCAUUUGAUUGUCUUCCUUUAGCUGCACUUUUAAACCAACAGUUUCUGUGUGUCCAUGGAGGACUGUCCCCAGAAAUCCACACGUUAGAUGACAUAAAAAAAUUAGACAGGUUCAAAGAACCUCCAGCAUUUGGUCCAAUGUGUGAUUUGUUAUGGUCUGAUCCCUCUGAAGACUUUGGUAAUGAGAAAUCACAAGAACAUUUCAGUCACAAUACAGUUAGAGGAUGCUCUUACUUCUAUAGUUACCCAGCUGUUUGUGAGUUUUUGCUGACUAACAAUCUGUUGUCAAUCAUCAGAGCACAUGAAGCACAAGAUGCAGGCUACCGAAUGUACAGAAAAAGUCAAACGACAGGGUUUCCAUCUUUAAUAACAAUAUUUUCAGCACCUAAUUACUUAGAUGUCUACAAUAAUAAAGCUGCUGUAUUAAAGUAUGAGAAUAAUGUGAUGAAUAUCAGACAGUUCAACUGCUCACCACACCCGUACUGGCUGCCGAACUUCAUGGAUGUGUUCACUUGGUCAUUGCCAUUUGUUGGUGAAAAAGUGACGGAGAUGCUGGUGAAUGUUCUGAGCAUUUGCUCAGAUGAUGAAUUAAUGACAGAAGGAGAAGACCAGUUUGACGAACGACUCAUAUAUGGCAAUAGAAAAGUAGGUACAGCUGCCGCUCGUAAAGAGAUAAUCCGGAAUAAAAUUCGGGCAAUCGGCAAGAUGGCAAGAGUCUUCUCUGUGCUCAGGGAGGAGAGUGAAAGUGUGUUGACACUGAAGGGUUUAACCCCCACUGGAAUGCUGCCGAGCGGAGUACUGGCUGGAGGACGGCAGACUUUACAAAGUGCCACAGUUGAGGCAAUUGAGGCUGAUAAAGCAAUACGAGGAUUUUCACCGCAACAUAAAAUCUGCAGUUUUGAAGAAGCAAAGGGAUUGGACCGGAUCAAUGAAAGGAUGCCUCCUAGGAAAGAUGCCAGACAGCAAGACGGUAUUAAUUCAGUGAACACAAAUGCCAAGGAAAAUAACGGGAGUGGCAAUAACAACGCCCAGUGACAAUGCUCCAUGUUCAGGUUUACUCACACCUUGCCUGAGAAGUCCUAGAUCCAUGCUUUGUGAUACAACAGCUUCAAUAGCCAAUGGGCACUAGAAGACCUAAUAGCAGACAGUUCAGAGUCCUGGGAAAUUCAGCAGAUUCCUGUGUGCAAACAUUCACGUUCCCAAGACGAGAAACCGUUAACGUGUAAAACCCAGACCCUUGCGAUGGGCACGUUUGUAACCUGUCACUAUGUGGUCUCUGAAUCGUGGGAAGGUAUUGGGCUGUAUGUCAUGAAAGCACAUCUAGUGUAGCAUCUCACGCUUAUCAUUGUUGACACUUACGUUUACAAAUGGAAAUCUGUUUUUGUUCACUAGCUAGAUUUUUUUUUCUUUUUUCAAAUCAGAAUUUAAGUACAUCCCUCAAAAGCUAUUUAUUUAAAAGACAUUUGUUUAUUAAAUGUCUUUAAAAGAUAGAUUAGAGUUGUCUUAAAUAUACCGAGGCUGCAAAAUGUAUUUUAAGAUAGAUCGGAAUCAAUGCCAAAACGAAACGUUGGCUCUUAUUUAAUGCUGACCUCAGGUGUAUUCAUUAGAUGUCGGGGAUUAUGUAUUUAUACUCACUGUCUUUUUUAGUUUUACGGAUUAUGGAAAGAUUUCUACAUAGGAACAUUUAUUACUUGAACACAGAUCAAACAAAUAUUUAAUUUCAAUACUUUUCUGCCCGAAAUUUGUGGAGAUUUUUUCAUCCCUUUAAAAUAAAAAAGUUUCAAAAAGGACAAAAAAAAAAUAAAAAUAAAUCAAGAUUGUUCAUUCUAGGGUACUUUUAAUUGAGCAAUGUACAUUAUGUUAAAGUAAAUUUUGAUUCAUAUCAAGUCUGUAAAGCUUGGUUUUGUAUUUUGUGUAUGCAUGUUUUUCUUUUUUUGCAAAUAUUUAAUAUAUAAACCUAUGAUGUACAGGAACUGCAUCUAUAGGUUACAUAGAUGUUAUGAAUACAUUUUAGUUUAUUGUGAGUAUUAAAGUUGCUUCUACGGCUGAUCACGACUGAAUAGCUGCAGGGUUUUUGUUUUGUUUUUUUAUGGAUUUCUCGAGUCUGCAUAGACUGCGAACACUUUGAACGUUUGUUUAGGCCGUGCAGGACUUAAGAAGAUUGCUCUGUCCAAACGUUAAAAUAUUAGUGACCGUAAACCAAGACUGCAUGUUCAUAUUUUUUAUUUUUUUUUAUUUGCUGGACUGCUAAGUUUGAAGACUCCAAGAACUUAUUUGUUCCACAAACUAAUGAAAUGUUCUGAUUUCCGUUGUAUUUUGGUAUAUAUUUUGACAUUUACCUUUCCAUCUCUGCAAGAUCACUUGAAGUUUAAGGGUAACCUAAGGGUUUGGGGUUUUUUUUUUCCCUCCCGUCUCUACCCUUCCUGCUCUACAGACUGUACAUACUCCUCAUCCGGGUCAGACAUUUUAUGCAUGUUCUGAGUUAUUGAAAACUUUUAUAAACAGUAGCACACAAUACAUUUUGUGCAUGGGCCGCUGCUCUGAACAGCGUGUCAAUUUUGUAUGUUCGCCCUUUUGCUUUUUAAUAUAAUCUAAAAUCAAUUGAAAAAAUCGAACUGUUUUCCCUAUUGGCAAAAA